AUGGCAAGAUCCGAGCUCAAGCGAUGUGGUGCCGUUUUUGCCAUGUCUUUGAGAAUUUGGACGAGCUUGGUGCUGCUUUGGUACAGUCAAGGCCACAAGAGCCAACUCAGACCUGGUGCACUUGAUCCACCCGCGCAAUGCCUCGGCUGUGAUUCAAAUGCAAUGCUUCAGACAGAGAGAUGGCGGCGCGAAGGGAACGACAGAGGAGGCGGCAACGACGAAGCCCGGUGUCUCAUCAGCGCAGCUUCGAGACAUAUGAUUCUUCCAAGCUGCACUGGAGACAACAUCACGAAUUUCCAGUCAAGUGAUGGAUCGGAUCUGCGACACUACGCGUAUCCAGCCCAGCUGAGACUCUCGGAUGUCCUGUGGGUCCAUUUGCCUGGAUCCAUGGAUGCAUCGCUGGACUCAUCGGAGUUGAUGGGCUCUCGACCCAAGAUCCAUCGGAUCGUUUUGUCCUAUGACAACGUGGUUGCCGUGGAAAGCGAGUACUGCUUGAAGCCGGAGGUCGCCUCCCUGGUGGAGUACAUCGAGUCAGAUGUCAAUGAAACUAAGAAUGAAUGCUGGUGGGCUGUGCGCUACCAAAUCGUCACCGGCCGGGUCUGGAAGAGUAGUAAUUCCAACGCGACCAUUCGAGAUGCCAUCGACACCAUCCGCAUCGGUGAUGGCUUCCACCUUGGAACCGAUGGUAUUGAGAAUCGGCUUCUGAGGCUGCUGCGGUACUUGCACUUCCGGAAGCCCCGAGAGUUCUGGGACCGAUUUCUGAAGCAUGGAGCUGUGGACUGGAGCAGGAUCAUUUUCUCAGGGAUAGCUUGCGCAGAGCCUGGCGAGAAGAAACCUUUGUAUGGGCAGGGCGGCGUCUGCUAUUUAAGCAUCCUGCUGGUGACCCAGCAGUCGGCUGUGUGUCACAGCCAGGGAGGCGGUCACGCAGCGAUGCUCAGCUUCUUGCAUCCGCUGCGCCGCGUGUUUUUCCUCAGCUCUCCUUGCGACGUGUCCUCCUGGACGACUGGAAAGUAUUGCGAUGGCGCUCAGACUGCCACACCCUGCACAGCCGCUGCGAAGCCUAUUGAAGGUUACUACGGCAUGGUGCAAGCACAUGAGAUAGACAUUUGUAACAUCACCGUGCCAGAGUAUCAUUGGCGGAAUCUGAUGAACACCACCAGCCUUGGCGACGUUAAGACGAUGAUCCACGAUCGCUUGAGAGCUGCAGCCAGCAGCUAUCCGCCAAACAAAGUUCACUGCGAUGCGUUUGUCGAUAGCGUCAACUGCACCAACAGUUCCAGCAUUCUUUGCGAGCCAGACAUCAAGUACCAUCUCUCGACAGCGACCAACGUCUGCGCACCAGCGAAUAGCUGUUACCAGCUGGGUCCCUGGCCGUACUUGGCGGGGCGGCCGAGAAUCAGCUGGAUUGCGAGAUGGGCCUUGGCUUCAAGACUCGGCCGAUGCAGGCUACAGCGCCCAUGA